GCAUGCGCCAUUCAGUCGCCACUCGGAUGCAGGCAGAAAAUGGCGUCUGCAAAGUUUCUCGAGGAAGCCCUGAGUAAUGACGUCGAUGAAUCUGCAGUGAACGCUAUCGUGGGCUCCCUGGAAACGCAGCUCGGUUCGGCAGGUGCGACUGGUGGAGGCGGCGCAGCGAACGCGGUCCCCGGGGCGCCAGGAGCCCCUACGCCACAGCUCAACGGACCCACCAAGCACAACGGCGGCGGGGCUCAGGACGUAAACAACGGCGGAGCGGAGCCCACGAGGAGCAUUAAGGUGGAACCGCCGCCUCCGCCGGCAGCGCCGCCGCCCCUGAACGGCGCAGCGUCGCCCAAGCCACCCCCGGCUGUGAUCAGCAACGGCGCCACAAAGACGGUGCCGCCUCCCGCGCUUGUGGCCUCGGCGGCAGCGGCCACCACAGUUCCAGUCGCCACCGCCCCCACCAUGCAGAUCCUCAACGUUAACCCCCUGAGGCCGUCGGCCCCCGGCACGGCCCAGGGGGUCGUGCAGGCCCAAAAGGGGAUGCCCCAGCGCGUGGUCAUCGGCACUCAGCAGAUGGUCGGCGCCCGCCCUGGCCAGCCCGGGAUCAGAUAUUAUGGAAGUCAGGCACAAAACAAUUUUGCUACCAAGCAAAUCACCCUGCAAGCUAUACCGGGUCUGCAGCCUGGAGCGCAGGGUCACAUCCUGGUCAAGACGGAGAAUGGGCAGCUGCAACUGCUGCGAGUGGGUAGCAUCGGCCAAACAACGACCGCGUCGCCGGGCACCCUGACGCAGGCCGGAGCCCAGGGGGCCACCACCACCUUCCGCCUGCAAUCAGUAGGUCCGCGGCCCGCACCAAUGCAGCAGGUCGCCACAACGCCUCAAGGAGUAAGACUGGUGACAGCAGGGCCAAGCAUGUCCAGCGGCGUGGCAGUGACUCAGGGCGUGGUGGCGCCGCAGCAGGCGCAGUUGGCGCAGAAGCAGGCAGUCGACUCCACAAAGGAGAAAUGCAGAAAGUUCCUUGCCAAUUUGCUUGAGCUGUCGAGCAGAGAGCCGAAGCAGGUCGAGAGGAAUGUACGGACGCUGAUACAAGAGCUCAUCGACACCAGGGUGGAGCCUGAGGAGUUUUGCGACCGUUUAGAGAAGCUGCUGAACGCUUCUCCGCAGCCAUGUCUGAUCGGCUUCUUGAAAAAGAGCUUGCCGCUUCUGAGGCAGGCCCUGAUAACCAAGGAGCUGGUCAUCGACGGCAUCCGCCCGCCUCCGAUGACCGUAGUGUACCAGUUGCCUCAGGGCGGUCUCGUCAUGCCCACCACCCUCCAGGCUCGAGCGCCCACGCAAGGCGGCCAGCAAAUCCGUCUGCAGGCGGCGCAGUCGCAGCUCGCGACGCAGGUGCGUGUGAUGACACCGCUGGCGGCGGGCGUCCGUGCGCCCGCCGUGCAGCACCGCAUUGUCACGGUGAGUGCGCCGCAAGCUGCCUCAAACACCACUACCACCACAGUCCGCCUCACCACACCGACGCGUCCAGCGUUGGCGGGCAAGAUGUCGACGCCGAUCACAGUGGUUCGGGGCCAGGCGCCAGUCACUGCCACCACCACGGUCAAAACCAUUUCCACACUGCCCAAAGAGAAGGAGAAGAAGACUUUUUCUUCAUCGGGAUAUGCCGGCGAUGACGACAUUAACGAUGUUGCUGCCAUGGGAGGCGUCAACCUGGCGGAGGAGUCGCAGCGCAUUCUAGGCUCAACCGAGUUCGUAGGAACGCAGAUUCGUUCGGUUAAGGAUGAGCUUUUCCUCCACGCUGGACCUUUGCAUCAAAAAAUUAAACAAAUUUUGGCGAAACACGGCCUAGAUGAGCCCCCAAACUCUGACGUAGCUGCCAUGAUUUCUCACGCCACCCAGGAGCGACUGAAAGACCUCUUAGAAAAAUUGGCUGUAAUUUCAGAACAUAGGCAGGAUAUGCUGAAGUUGGAGUCUCAUUACGAGCCGACGCAGGACGUUCGAGCGAAGCUGCGGUUUCUGGAAGAUCUCGACCGUAUGGAGCGGAGAAGGCACGACGAGCAGGAGCGAGAGUUGUUAUUGCGCGCCGCUAAGAGCAGAUCCAAAACUGAGGAUCCAGAACAGGCAAAACUGAAAGCCAAAGCGAAAGAGAUGCAAAGGGCUGAGAUGGAGGAGUUGAGGCAGCGAGAGGCGAAUCUGACUGCCCUCCAGGCCAUCGGGCCCCGGAAAAGGCCAAAGAUUGACCUUAAUGGAGCUUCAAGUUCGUCAGGACAGUCUCCGUCAGCGGGAACAAGUGGUUCUAGCAGUGGUGCAACAAAAGCGGCGAUGCCAUUGCGGUCGAGAGUGAAGCGAGUCACGAUGAGGGACAUUCUGUUCCUUCUGGAGCAGGAAAAGCCAACGUGCCGGUCUCCGUUCCUGUACAAGACGUAUCUCAAAUGAAUACAACACAAAACGUGAACUAUGAAAACUGUGACUGUGACCAAUAAUAACAAGUGAACCAGCCAGCCAAAAAGCGAACGAUGCAGUUUUAAUUGAGUAUAAAGCAAGCAGCGCUGGACGCGCGCGCGCGCGCGCGCGAGAGAGAGUCCAAGCGCCAGCCAGCACUAUUUUUGUAUCGCGGGACACCAAAGAGGACCUUGAUCACAUUCCACACUGUCUCAAGUGCACUUGGAUUGUGCUGCCCCUCCGGCCACCACCUCUCCUCCCUCCCCUGACGCGAAGAGCCGAACCUCCCCCGACCCUGGGGCGCUCCCCUCCGCGAGCGGGAGUUGCCCCCGUACCCCCUUCCCCCGAAUCAUCGAGUCGCGAAUGGAAUGCAUAACACACAUUACCUUCCCUUUGUUCGAUUGUUAGCUACCCACCCCCUGACGAGGAGAGCCCCUCCCCUAAUUUGUUGACCUCCCCUGAACCUGAAGGGCCGAGUGGGUGCAGUUGGUUACGAUUUAAUAAAUGAUUGUUAAGUUUGUGUUAGCUCGGGUCUUCUAGUGGGUACCUCCCCCCUCCCCUCUGCCCGUGGGGAAGGUACAUCUCUGUAUGUGUACAUAGAAAUCCAUUGAUUGAUUGAUUGAUUGACAAAUCACAUGCUGAAAGACUUUCAAUGCAAUGUCAUUGUUCAACACAUUCAUUUCACGAGCAAGCGAGGGAGAAUCAAAAACGAAAUAAUUAACCAACUUGCAGCAGAGGAAGAAUUAACUGUUUGUUUUAAUUCAGUGUUGUGCAUGUUUUUUUAGACACUCGGAAAACAUUGAUGAUGAAAAUGAAAAAGAUGAAGAAGAGUAUCUAUUAAAAAUUUUUAUUUUGCACUUGA